CAACAUCGAUUCACAACACCAGGACCAUCAACAACUUUAUGAAUCCAGACAAAUUAGCAGGUACCAAAUGGCAAAUUUACUGAAAACAUGYUGUCUUGUUGCAACAAUUCAAACAACAAUAAUACAAACCAGCGAGGCGUUUCAGAAUAUUGUAUGUAUCGUUGAUCGAACGAGCAAUAAAUCCAACUUCGGACAUUCUGUCAUCGUCCCAUCGAUUGUUGGGGUUGCACAAGAUGAGAUCAUUGCGAAAAGAAGACUAUCAUCUUUCUCUUUAUUUAGUGGACMUUCAUCAGAACMAUUCUUGGUUGACGAGAAACUCUCCGUUUUGCAGGACGUCGUGAAGGAAAUGGAUGCUCGGCACAAACAAAUUCAAGAAAAAUUGGAAACCGCCGAGCGGGAACACCAAGAAACCCUACGGAGCCUAGAAGAUGAGUUGGACGAAACAAGGAGAAUCACCGAAGCGAGAGACAAGAUCAUCAAGAAUCAAACUGAUGAAAUGAAACAGUUGGAGGAUCGGCAUGCAGAUGAUGUCAAGCUGUUGAAAACCACGAACGACCAAGAACGUGAGAGACAAACCGAAGAGUUUUCGGCUCGGUCCGCGAAUGCCUUGGAGAAACAGAAAGMGGAAUAUACCGUUCGAAUCGACAAACUGCAGAGCAAACUGGAGUCGAAAGAAAAAGAAACAAAGGAAAUGAUCGACAAUUUCGAAGAAAAAGAUAAGGAAAAAAGCGAUGUAAUCGAUGGACUCCGAAGCGAUCUCGCCAAARCGAAAGCAAUGCAGAACAAUAUCGAAACCAAAGAACAUUCAGAAAAAGAACAGAGUCAUGCCAAGGAAUCAGAACUAAGAGCAAUCGAAAUCGAAACCYUGAAGGCAGAACACAAAGAGUACGUAGAAAAGRUUCGARACGAAGAAUCUGAGCGAGCGGCGGGGGAAAUCGAAAAGCUUAAAGCGGAACACCUACAGAUAGUAGAAAAAAUUCGAAAUGAAGAAUCCAAGCGYGCGGCACGGGAUAUUGAGAUUCUCAAGGCCGAGCAGCAGUGGGUUGCGAAAGACAUUCAAAACCAAGCAUCGAAGAAAGCGGCGAAAAAAAUCGAAAGCCUCGAGGCUGAACACAAGCAGGCWAUUGAAGACAUCCGACAGAAGGAAUCCAAACGGGUGAAAGACGAAAUCGAAAAAGAUGUCAAAGUGAUAAAGGAGAUUGAGGAACUCAAGGCCCAGCACGAGAAAGUCGUCGAAGACUACGCGCUUCAACUCGACAAAAUUAACAAGGAGAGAGACAUGCUGUCUGCCAAACUCAAAGAUAUCUCUCUCGGGAAUGAAGAGCAAGUGGAGAUUGCAGCAGCGGCAGUUAAAGCGGGGGAAAAGAGGGAGAAGCGAAUACGAAAAGAAUCGGAUGAUUUWGCACAACAAUUGAAGCAGACUCGAYUGCAAGUGAAGAUUAUGCGAUGGGCCAUGAAUGGGGUGGCAGACGAAAACCGAGAUUAUUUAAACCAAAACGAUAAGCUUUCUAGCGAGCAACAAGAGCUCGAAAGCGAGCUAGAGGAAGCGCUCCACCGAAUYGCGGAACUGGAGGAGGAGAAACAACGAAGCUUUUGGCAAAGAUUACGUGGCYGGUUUUCRCGAGGGGGGCCUACCAAAAACGCAGAAUGAUGUUUAAUGCAGAACAAAUUCAAGCUUCACAUAACAAGAGUAGUAGGCAUCACCGUAUUUGGAAAUAUUGAGUACAAUAGAGAGCUGACAGAGCAAUGCAAUGGCGUCUCUUUUUCGAGAAUGUCAGCGAGUACAGAGAGCAGUUUGGUGUCAUACCCCUCAAAAUUCCAAUCGCCUUGAAAAUUGAAUACUGAAUGCGAAAUUUACCAGUAGCCAGAUAGAUCAUUGCUGUCUGUGCAAAUUAGUUGGUGAUUAGCGUUAACAAUUUCUUGGCACAUUUUCUAAACGGAGCUUCUCRCUUGCAGUUUGGGUGUUCGGUUGUUUAUUUUUCAUUUUUUGUUGGUAAUUUAAAUUUAAUUUAAAAGGUAGAUUCGAAAAGGGAUUUUUGUKAAAAAAACAUUUUCACAUAU